AUGUUCGCCAAUGCGCCCCAGGGACAGACUACCAGUCACUCCAACGUGGAUGGCGACAAGACGAACGACCUUGGCUUCCCCAUCGUUCCGGGCUUCCAAAAAUACCCGUUUUUCCUUGCGGCCAAUAUCAUCUACGGUCGAAUGACUAGGGAUGAGGAAGAUAGGUUGUGGGCGAUGGCAGAGAAGCGCCUCGGGUUGACACCGUACCUGUUCAUCGGCGGUCCCUACCGAUAUGAGUCAGGCAGUUGGAUCGACCGCAAAGCGUUUGGUCUCCUGCAAAACUUUCGAGACGACUGGAUCAAGUAUAAUAAGGAACUUGUGCAAGAUCGACGGCUUCGAGGAGUCAGCGCCCCUAUUCUCUCAUAUUGGGAUGCUUACGAAGGAGGAAGCAUCACUUUGGAAAACCUUAUGCACACCCUCGACGAAAUGCUCAUGACCAACCUCGACGUUACCACACACGUGGUGACUUGGCUCAUCACUCUUGUGGCGGAUAAUGCAGAAGUAAAGGGGGACCUGGUUGAAGAGAUCAAAGCAAACUCGGAAGAUCUGCCUCGGUACCUCUCCAGGAGUGAUAACCACCUCCACCGGUGCUUUCAAGAAGCAUUGCGGAUCAGGCCGCCUUUGAUCUUCAGUGCGGGAGAAAGCGCAUCGUCGGUGAAGAACUUUGAUGGCAUCUUGGUCAAACCAGGGACUAUGGUUUUGGCCGACGUUCUAGCUGUAAAUGUACGCAACCCCUUCUGGGGCAAAGACAGCGAAUCCUUCAAUCCGUCGCGGUUCAAGGCUAUCAAACCAUCAGAUUUGCGGUAUAACUUGAUCGUAUUCGGAUUCAACGGGCGGAAAUGCCCGGGUCAGUACAUUGGCGCUCAGAUGAGUAAAGCAAUAUUGGUGCAUUUACUCCUGCAGUAUGAUGUUCAGAUCGUCAAUGGGAGGCAACAGCAAAGCGACUACAAGACUGAUGACUCGACUUGGGUGCCUAUGGCGGAUGUCACAGUUCAGUUAACCAGACGGACAGUGCAGCCAGCUGGCCCGGAGAAGAAUUGA